CGGACCCGCUCGUCUUCCUUAUUGCCAACAUGGGAUUCUGGACAGCAUUCUUAACAACCCUCGGGAUCGUCCGUCGGAGGGUCUCAAUUCUCAUACUCGGCCUCGACAACAGCGGCAAAACGACCAUCAUCGCUCACUUCAUUCGUGCAUCAUCAGUACCUGCAGCCCCCUCUCCAACCUCGCCGCCCCCCAUUGUUCCGACCGUCGGCUUUUCCUUGGAGAAAUUUGACUACGAGAACUUGAACUUUACUGUCUUUGACAUGUCGGGACAGGGCCGAUAUCGAGAGCUUUGGAAACAUUACUAUGAUGACACGGAUGGACUAGUCUGGGUUUUGGAUGCUGGGGAUAAGGAAAGGAUGGCGGUGGUUCGUGAAGAAUUAUGGAGUGUUUUGAGUCAUAAAGCUUUGCAGCAAAAGAAGAUUCCCAUAGUCUUUUUUGCCAAUAAAAUGGAUCUGGAGGGUUCUCUGACACCGCAAGAAUGCAUUGCCGCGUUGGGAUUAGAGGAAAUCAGGGACCGUAAUUGGAACAUUGUUGCAUCAAGUGCCGUGAAUGGAGAAGGACUAAAUAGAGGGCUCGAAUGGUUGGCAGGUCAGCUUAAAGAACGAUAACCUGGCAAGCGGAAUCAGAUACGAAAACAUGAUCGAAGAUAUAUUGUACAAGAUGAGGCUCUAACCCCAAUGAGUUUACGUGAUUUAUAACAGGCAAGCACAAACAUUACGUAUCUAAUCGUCCCCUAGGACAAAUUCCACACCAUCCUCUCGCACUCUAUGAUCACGCGAUUCCAUAUGUGGUGGCCCAAAAGCAUUGUGAGAUUCGCCACUACUUUUCCCGGGGGCGUCGGCUUCUAUUAUGUCUUCGCGAACGACAAAAUUCUGGUCGUAAUCAAUGUCGGCCUUAACUCCUCGGGCAUCUCUGAGAAAGUCGAGAAGCUCGUUGGCGCCCUCAAGGGAUCUGAAAACCAAGUCCCAGUAGCGUUCAUUGGGAGGGGUAGGCGCGGUGGUCGAGGGUGGUCUAUUGGGCAUAGCCAUCGACUCUGUAGUUAAAUCCUCGCCUGCCUGGGG